CAUAGCAUUCAUAGCAUUCAUACGUAAACAUUAACAUUAAAUACUGCUAUCAAUUGCUGUCUCUAUUAUUAGUUGUUUCUAUGUUUAUGUGUUUUUGAAUGCUAUGUCAAAACCGAUUGACAAUAUUAAUGACCCAUUAGAUGAUAAUAUGUCAUAUUUGAUGAAAUGGUGAUCAAUUGGUACAAAAGAUAUGUUUGUCAAUUGAUGGCACAGUCGUUGGUAUUGUGGAUAUGUGUUGUGGAUGUAGUGUUUGGUUACUAUUGUGAUCAUAAUUAUUGUGUCCAUAGUUCACAAUAUUGUUGUGGAGACAACCAGUGCUGCGAUUAUGUCAACCAAACGGUCUUCAACUCUAUUGUUAUCAUAAUAUCAUUGAUAAUCAUGUCAUCGAUAUUAUGGCUUAUUUUCCGUAUAUUUUGCUUCAAUAGCACAAUGAUUGUCAUUAAAAAAAUUGGCCAAAAAUUUAUCGUAAAGCCGACCAAUCGGGUCAUUGACCAGAAGCGUUGGCUCGAAGACCCGGAAUCAAGUCUAUUAACCGAUGAGUUGGAGGUCAGACACGGAUCAAACACACGACAUGACCGAUGAAACCAUGAUUUGUAUUUGCAUUGGCUUUUAUUACCCAUUAUGUCCAUCACUUUAGUUGAUGACAGCCUUUGACCACAACCACCACAAUCACCGAAUCUCUUCACUAAACUCUAAUGAAAUUUUUUUAUAACAAAUUUGUUGAUAUGAUAAACAUUUUUGUUAU